CUUUUCUAUUUUCAUUUAGGAGCCAAGAUAACUCUGAAAACUUAUGCAAGAGUGUGACAUGCUCAUUCUAAACAAUGUCUUUAGGGAAAAGGUCCCCAUCCUGCAAAGCUGUUCCCCACAUAACUUAUUCACAUAAGUAGCUCGUGGGCUGGACUCUGAUCUCGGGUACACCAGCAUAAAUCCAACAGCAAAGAGAGUACUUGGAAAGAGAGUACGCACCUGAAUAAGGGUUUGCAAGUUUCAGCCCUAAUUAACUUGUGGAGCAAUCUUAGAUGAUUAACUGCAAUGGAUUUGGGGUCAGAAUUAGAGCUGGCUACAAAAUAAGAAUUCCAUUUUGUGAAAAAUUUCAAGGUUUCAGAAUUUGUUUUUGUUCUGCAGUGGAACAAAACCAUGACCUUUAAAAAAUUUUCAGGGAGGCAGAGCAAGAGACCCUUAGCAAGAGCAAGAGACUAGCCUAGUGGUUAGGGCCCUCUCCUGGGAUGUGGGAGAUGCAGGUUUAAGCCUGUCCUCUGCCUGAGCUCUCUGAUCCUGUGAUUAUUAAUUAUUUCUGCAAAGUCCAACAGGAGAAAUUGAGACUGACUCUAUAGUCCAGUGGGUGGGGCACUUAGCUGGAAUGUGGGAGGCAUCUCUGCCUGCUUCAGAAUGGGCACUUGAACCUGGGUCUACCACAUCCCAGGUGAGGGCCCUAAUCAAAUGACUAUUGUGCGGAGGGUCUCUUUUGUUCCCAGAAAUUCCAGUUUAGACCUCAGCAAUAUUCCCAUUCAAAGGUUUGCAAAACCAAUAAAUUUCCAUGGAAAGCUUUGGUUUUGUUGAAUCAGCAUUUUCCAAUGAAAACACAUUUUGUCAAAAAAUUCCUAACCAGCUCUCAUUGUGCCCAUUUCUAAGGCUUUUGUUCUUCUGAUCUUUUACAUUUGGAAGGGCUAUCAUCCUUAUCAAAACAAAAUGCUUAGAGAUAAAUCCUGACUGUGAACUGGACAGAGGCACAAACUCAAGUAGGUAUGUUGAGGAUGGGACCGUGGGGCAGAAAUUAUCCAGCCUAAUUCUGGUCCUUAGGGUGAGAUUAUCACAGGCCUUGCUUGGCCACCUAAGGAAGUAUGAGGUAAGCCACAACCUCCCCACUCCCUCGCUCUCCCUACACCCUCCGCUUUGACCUGCUCAGAUUGCAAUUCUGACUGUUUUUCAGGGGAACAGGACCAAAUUGCCUGCUACUCCCUGCGCCCCAUGAGUAAGUCAGUGGGAAGUGGUAAGAUCCCUGCUUCUGCGUCCCCAUACUUAUAGGCUGCAAUAGCUGUCUGGGGCCAGAGGUGAAGCAGGGAAGGGAUUGUAACUCUGGCCAUUCUAAGGAAGGCACCAAGGGGUUAUGGGAUAUGAGGCCACCUGUUUUAGAGUGUGUGUAACCAACUCAGCCCAGCAUAUACCUGUCCUACUCUAAAUUUCUCCUGAUUCUGGCAGGAAAAAUCUGUGCAUGGCAGCAGUCUGGCACAGUACACUUGACAAAGAAAGUGCUUUUACAGCAUUAGUAUGCACCUGUUUUCUGGCCAAACCUGAAGACUACUGGAAUUUGGCCUUUAAAGAAAAAGGGCAAACUCCUUCUCUCUGAUCCUAUAUUGCAGAGCUCAUAUGCAGGCUGUGGAAGCACUGGUGAAUAUCAUGCCCUCAUUUGGGGAUGAAUUCCCAUUGUCAUCAUACAAGAAACCUUGCCGAGAGCUCCACACAGAGCAAGUGCAGAAUAGGCAACAGAUAGCUGCAGGAAGAGUUGAAUUUGGCCUGUAAACUGUGCAGCAUUAUAUUACUGCAAUAUCAUUGGGUGGGUGUAAACCUUCUGAUUUUCACUUGCAAAAUGUUGGGGAGCAAAACCGAAGUCCUUUGCAAAUUAUGCAAAAACUUUUGUCUUGCAAAACCAUAUCCACUUUUGUAAAUGUGAAUUUCAGAAUGAAAGUGACAAUUAUGUUGCAUGUUUGCAUUCCAGUAGGAGCUAGAGGCCCUAAUGAGGCCUGGGACACCAUUGUGCUAUGCACUGUGCAUACAUGUAAGGUCAGAUUGUGAUAUCCUAAUGCACAUUGAGUUACAUAAGGAGUUGCAGUGAAAUCAAUGGGAUUACUGAUGGCAUAAGGCAGUAUUCAGCAUGAGCAAGGAGAUUGCCAUCUGGCCCAUAGUAAGAGCCAUUCCUUGCCCAAAAGAGCUAAAUAGAUACAACAGAUAGAAGGUAGGAGAAUGGGAAGAUUAUUAUUAUCCUCAUUUUACAGAUAGGAAACUGAAGCACAGAAGUGCAGAUUCUCAAAGGUUUUUAGGCACCUAACUCCCAUUGAUUUCAAUGGGAGCUAGGGUCCUAAAUGCCUUUGAGAAUCUGAGCCAGAGAGAUUAAAUGGUGUCCGCGUAAUUUAUUUAUUUAUUUAUUUGCAAUAAGCAAUUAUAUCAUUCUUGAUUAAAAUGGUGAAAAGAAAUGGUGCUUUGUCUCUUUAAGAUGAGAGGAACUACCAUUGUUAGUCACAUAUAUUUACUGCACUCUAGGGUUAUAAAAACAUACAUUUGUGUUUUGAAAGUCAUUUAUUACAUCCAUAAACAUCACAUUGCAGUUGAUUGUUCCCUGGAUUAGAAUGUCCUGGUACUUAGUGAGUUUUGACAGGCGGAAGGAGUGAAAGUAGAACAUCUAGUUUUGUUACUGGUUUGGUUUUUAAAAGCAACUUGUCACUCUCCUGUAUGCUACAGCCAUUGAGACAGAUCUGAGAGGCAUUGAAUUCAGGGUACAUGGGUUUCUGUUUUUAUUCUUACUGCUGGACUCAUAGAAUUCCAGGCAUUAUAUACGUGGAAGGACUGAAAGUAGUAGAGAUCGAAAAAUGCAAGAGUGACAUUAAAAAGAUGAGGGAGGAAAUGGCAGCAAGAAGCACCAGGACCAGCUGUCCCUGUAAGUACAGCUUCUUAGAUGAAAACAAGAAGUUGGCACCCCGAAGGGACGUACCAUCCUAUCCAAAGUACAUGCUGUCUCAAGAGACCAUAGAAGCACUUCGGAAACCAACGUUUGACGUCUGGCUGUGGGAGCCCAAUGAAAUGCUGAGUUGUUUGGAACAUAUGUACCAUGAUCUUGGGUUGGUGAAAGGCUUUAAUAUCAAUCCCAUCACUCUGAAGAGGUGGUUGCUGUGUAUUCAUGACAAUUACAGAAACAACCCAUUCCAUAAUUUCCGGCACUGCUUCUGUGUGACUCAGAUGAUGUACAGUAUGAUCUCACUCUGCAAUCUCCAGGAGAAAUUUCCCCAAAUUGAUAUCUUAAUUCUGAUGACUGCUGCAGUUUGCCAUGAUUUGGAUCAUCCAGGAUACAACAACACCUACCAGAUUAAUGCCCGAACAGAGCUUGCCGUGCGCUACAAUGACAUCUCCCCACUGGAGAACCAUCACUGUGCUGUGGCUUUCCAGAUCAUUGCCCAGCCAGAAUGCAACAUUUUCUCCAAUGCUACCCAGGAACAAUUCAAACGGAUAAGACAGGGGAUAAUUACAUUAAUCCUGGCAACAGACAUGGCAAGACAUGCAGAAAUACUGGACUCUUUCAAAGAAAAAAUGGAUAAUUUUGAUUACUCAAAUGAGGAACAUGUCACCUGUUUGAAGAUGGUACUGAUAAAAUGUUGUGAUAUCUCGAAUGAAGUCCGCCCGAUGGAAGUAGCGGAACCAUGGGUAGACUGCUUAUUAGAGGAGUAUUUUAUGCAGAGUGACCGAGAAAAGUCUGAGGGACUUCCAGUGGCACCUUUCAUGGACCGAGAUAAAGUGACCAAACCAACAGCACAGAUUGGGUUCCUUAAGUUUGUCCUGAUCCCAAUGUUUGAAACAGUAACAAAGCUUUUUCCAGAAGUUGACGAAGUGAUGCUCCAACCUCUUUGGGAAUCCAGGGACCGCUACGAGGAAUUAAAACAACUAGAUGAUGCUAUGAAAGAGUUGCAAAAGAAGAAAAGCGCAAGUUUGACAACUGACAGCACACAGAAGUGAAAAGAAAAAUGCUCUUAGCUACACAAAAGUCACAAGAACAGAACUGUUGAGAACUUAAAGGUCUGUUGUGUUUGUUCAUGGAGUGGACUGAUGCAGCUAAGUAUCAUGGGAUCCUUCAGCCCAGAGGAAAGAUGGUAGAAAGCUGCAGAGACCACAUCAAGAAUGUAUUUUCUAAGAACUGUUGCUAUCUUCAUGGACACAAAAAAGGAAACUUUGAUGUAUAGAAUUUUUUUAUUUUUCAACUGCUCUUCUAAAUAAUAUAUUCUUAUACAAAC